UAGAAAAAUCCAUGGAAAAAAGCUACGUUCAGUUCGACUCAAACACGGAACCGGAAACGUCCUCCUUUACCUUAGGCACUCAUUAUCGCGUGAGACCGGUGCCCUUUAACUUUUUUUUUUUUUUAAUUUGAAAUUUUUUAUUUGUGAUUGUAGUGGAAAGUUACAAGGUUUAAAUUAUUCAAACAAUUUUUGGUACUGGAGGAGGUGUUUUUAUGAAUUUUUGAGUGCAAGAAAGUGUUGAAAAAAGUGUCUUGUAUUUACUAAACACUAGUUUCAAAAGGCUAAAGAAAAAUGACAGAAUAUAAACUCGUUGUCGUAGGAGCUGGAGGUGUUGGAAAAUCAGCACUUACUAUCCAACUAAUCCAAAACCACUUUGUAGACGAAUACGAUCCCACUAUCGAAGACUCUUAUAGAAAACAAGUGGUCAUAGAUGGGGAAACCUGUCUGCUAGAUAUAUUAGACACAGCCGGUCAAGAAGAAUACAGUGCGAUGAGAGACCAGUACAUGCGGACAGGAGAAGGAUUUUUAUUAGUCUUUGCAGUUAAUUCUGUAAAAAGUUUUGAGGACAUAGGGACAUAUCGGGAACAAAUUAAGAGGGUAAAAGAUGCGGAAGAAGUGCCAAUGGUUUUGGUUGGCAACAAAUGCGAUUUGCAGAAUUCGUGGACAGUCAAUAUGGCCCAAGCUAGAGAAAUCGCUAGGCAAUGCGGCAUUCCUUUUGUGGAAACUUCAGCUAAAACGAGAAUGGGAGUAGAUGAUGCGUUUUACACACUCGUCAGGGAAAUACGAAAUGACAAGGAGCAUCGAGGAAAAGAAAGGAAACGGACAAGAGCAGGAAGCUCGGGUCGCAGAAGGCCAAAGUGUUGUAUCUUAUAAAACAUGCUUGCUUGACUAAUACUGUGCAAUUAAAGGCUCCUAAAGUAGAACUGAACGAGCGCUUGAGCACUAGAAAGGAGUGGGAGUGACGCGCAGAAAACGCGACAAAAGAAAGAACGGACUUUUGUCGCGUUUUGUACGCGUCAUCCCCACUCCUUCCUACUGCUCGAGCCCUCGUUCGCUUCUGCUUUUCGAGCCUUUAAUUCACAUAAUUCUCGUAAGUAUAAACGGAAAAUUUGUAUAUAUUUGAUAGCGUUUGACUAGAAAAUAAUUCGUGAAGGAAUCGUACAGCAAUUAAAUUUUAGUGAAAAAAUUGUGAGUAGAUUUUAUUUAGAAAUUAUAUUUUAAAAUUAUCAAUCGUUUGAUUUGUUAUUAACCCAUUCGAGGAAGCCUUUUUACAAAUCGUGAAAUUUUAUUUACGUCAGCUGACUUUCUGCAGAGAUUUAAAUGAUAAUACAAUUUUAGAACAAUGAUGCGAAUGGGUUAACUUGAUAACUAUUUUGUCUACGUGAAUAAUACGCAAUGUGAUAAUAAAAUAUGUUUGUCAACUAGGAUAUAAUGUUUCAGAG